GUGCAAUAAUAGGCUUUUUUUUUUUAGGUGUAAAGACAUCCUAGACUUGUGUGUUAUGUCCUCUGUGUUUCCCUUCUGGCUUUCUGCCACUCUACUCUUCUCUACCUUCUACCUUAGCUUUCUAUAAACAUUUUUAACAAGCACCUUACUUCUUUACUUCUUUGUUCCCUCCAUUUCCCUGUUUGAUUGGAUUCUUUUAGCAUUUUCCCCAAAAAACAAAAAAAAGUACACAUUUUUCUUUUAUAUUAAUGAAAUGAAAGCAUUUUAAGAUACCCCUCUUGGAGUUUCUUCUAGUUUGGCUUAAAACACUUUUCUUGCAUGGUAGACAAAGUUUGUUACUUUCAAGAUUUUGUCUACUCAAACUAAUUUUCAAGUUUUUUUUUUUUGGGUUUGAAAGAGUGAUAUGGGGGUCUUCAAGAAUUUGUUUGUGUGACAAAGUUGUUUUCUUUGAACACUUUGUGAACUCAUUUUCAAGAUUUUAGUUUGUCUAUGUGAUAAAGUUGUGAUCUUUGUUCACUUUGUGUAUUCUUUUUAAAGAUAUUUUAGCUUCAAAGAGUGAUGGGGGUCUUCAAGAAUUUGUUGGUGUGACAGUUGUUUUCUUUGAACACUUUGUGAACUCAUUUUCAAGAUUUUAGUUUGUCUAUGUGAUAAAGUUUUGAUCUUUGUUCACUUUGUGUACUCAUUUUCAAGAAAAUUUUAGCUUCAAAGAGUGAUGAGGGUCUUCAAGAAUUUGUUUGUGUGAAAAAGUUGUUUUCUUUUAACACUUUUGUGAACUCAUUGUGUGAUAAAAAGUUGUUAUCUUUGAUCACUUUGUGUACUCAUUUUCAAGAAAAUUUAGCUUCAAAAGAAUGAUGGGGUUCUUCAAGAAUUCUAACUAGUUUGUUUAUGUGACAAAGUUUUAAACUUUCUAGAUUUUGUCAAACUAAGAAUAGUGAUGAGGGGUUUCAAGAAUUCAUCAAGAUUUUGUGUGUUAGUUACCAUUUUUAUCCUCCAUUUUGGUGUUUGGUGCAAUGGUGAUACUGAAAACAUGACUGCUCAAAUGGAGAAAAAUGAGAUAAAUUCACUUUACUCAACCAUUCAAGGCUUUGUUGGUAAAUGGUGGAAUGGUUCAGAUCUUUAUCCAGAUCCUUGUGGUUGGACUCCCAUACAGGGUGUAUCUUGUGACCUGUUUGAUGGUUUCUGGUAUGUUACUGACUUAAACAUUGGACCUAUACAUGAUAAUUCUCUAAGUUGUGCACCAAAUGUGGAAUUCAGCUCCAAUCUAUUCACAUUAAAGCACCUUAGAUCUCUCUCAUUUUUCAGUUGUUUCGUGUCGCCUCGUCAUCAUCCAACUUCAAUCCCAACAGAGAGGUGGGAGUUUCUUGCUAGUAGUUUGGAGUCGCUCGAGUUUCGAUCAAAUCCCGGUCUCAUUGGCCAAAUCCCAAAUACAUUUGGUAGACUCAUAAAGCUCCAAUCUUUAGUACUAGUAGAAAAUGGACUCUCUGGUGAAAUACCACAAAAUCUUGGAGAUUUAGUGAACUUGAAAAGACUAGUUCUUGCUGGAAACGAACUCACCGGCAAAAUACCGGAUACUUUUGGAAGGUUCAAUCAACUUUUGAUAUGUGAUUUAAGCAGAAACAAACUCUCUGGUGUCUUGCCUAAACCAUUAUUUGGAGGUUUGAUCUCACUUUUGAAACUUGAUUUGAGUUACAACAACUUACAAGGCGAAAUCCCACAAGAGAUCUCACAAUUGAAGAAUUUAACACUUUUAGACCUUAGUAACAACAAGUUAUCAAGUGGAUUACCUAAGUCAAUUCAAGAAAUGACAUGUUUGGAGGAGUUAGUCUUGUCAAACAAUCCAAUGGGUGGAUUCUUGGAUGUUCUUGAUUGGUAUAACAUGAUAAAGUUAACAACUUUGGAUUUGUCAAACAUGAAUUUGACAGGUGAGAUACCUGAGUCUAUAUUAAAGUUAAAAAAGUUAAGAUUUUUGGGACUUAAUGACAAUAAACUCAAUGGUAAAAUCCCAAAGAAUCUUGAAGAUUUGCCUAAUGUAAGUGCUAUUUACCUAUAUGGUAACAAUCUAACAGGUGAACUUCAAUUCUCUCAAUGGUUUUAUAGGAAAAUGGGAAGGAGAUUUGGGGCAUGGGGGAAUCAAAAUUUAUGUUACUCUUAUGGUUUGGUGUCAACAACCGAUGUUCCGUUUGGGGUAAAACAAUGUGAACAAGAACUCAAGUAUGUUAUUGAUGUUGAGAUGAACUCAAGUUUUGUGGAUUUUCAAUCUUCAAUGGGAUAUUUGAAUGAUUGUUGGAUUUUGAGAUGUUUUGUAGUUGAACUAUUUAUGGUUAUUCUACUAUUGUUGAAAUGAAAGGAAUUUGCCAAUAGUGAGUUACCUUUUUUCUUGACAUUUUGUUGUUUUACUUGAAAUGUACCACACAUUUUAUUUUAUUGUCUUUUAACAUAUGAAUGAAUGAAUGAAUGUACAUAUUUUACCCUUGUUGGA